ACUGACAUUUAAUUUUUGAGGUUAGAAAGUUUUUUUUAUAUCGAUCCGCGAAAUAAAGUGGAGGAAGCUGGGGUUUUUAUUAUUUUCCACUACGCUAAUGUGUUGAAGUAAUCAGUAGCAGUCUAAAUAUCCUUUAAACAUGGAUGUGAAAUCUUUCUUAUUUUCAUGGGCGGCAAAAAAAGGACUGACGCCAGCUUUGGAUAUCCGGGCUACCGGUCCAAAGCACCGUCAAAGGUUCCUCUGUGAACUGAGAGUUGAUGGGUACAACUAUGUGGGAGCAGGUAACUCUGUCACCAAGAAGGAAGCCCAGAAGAAUGCCUCUCGGGACUUUGUCAACUAUCUUGUGCGAACUGGUGAAGUUGCUGGCAAUGAUGUGCCAGAAGAUGUCCAGGUUAAACCGGAGAUGGAUAACAUGGGAGCUCCUCCUCCUAGGGACAUGAUGAUGCAACAGCAAUCAAGACCUGUUUUUCAGGAUGGUAUGGGUCCAGAUAUGAUGGGUCAAGCAUACCAAGCAUAUGGCGGUGAAAGACCAAACUUCACAUACAUGGACCGUCUCCAACAACAGAAGAAUGUAGAGGAAGCCGAAGACCUGGACGUGAACGCCAGCCUCCACGGCAACUGGACCAUGGAAAAUGCUAAGUCCAAAUUACAUCAGUUCAUGCAAAUUAAUAAGAUCAAUGCUGACUAUGUGUAUAAGGCUGUUGGACCUGAUCAUACUAGGAGUUUCUGCUGUGAGAUGACAAUAUACGUUCGGCAACUUGGCCGCAAUGUCACCGGAAGAGAAACCGCGUCGAACAAGCAAACUGCUAGUAAAUCUUGCGCGCUGUCGCUAGUCCGACAGCUGUACCAUCUCGGUGUGAUUGAGCCCUUCAGUGGAACGUUGAAGAAAGACAAAUCAGCUGAGGGAAACAUGAAGCCUUACCCAGUGGCUAUGAGCCCGGAUCUUGAGGAUCAACUCCUGGACGCACUACAAGCAUUGAACAUAGACCCGAUAGAUGUAAAUGCCCCUCCACCACAAGAGGGCGGUUCGGAAGGGAUAACUCUUCUGCAAGUGGACCGCGUCAAAGCGAUGAGAGAAGCGCGGCCAACGCCCUCUGGCGUGGUUUCCUGGAGUCCGCCACAGAGCAAUUGGAAUGCUUGGACUGCAUGUAAUAUUGAUGAAGGCCCAUUGGCUUCCACAAGUUUGGAUGAAAUUAGCGCCGAUUUGGAAAAACAUCAUCGCGAUACUUGUCAAAACAGUCAACUUUAUCAGGAAAGUGUUCGCGAAAGAGAACAUUUGCCAGUCUACGCGAUGCGUUCGCAAAUCAUGGAGGCUAUAAAUGAGAACCCCGUAAUUAUCAUCAGAGGAAACACGGGAUGUGGUAAAACUACUCAGGUGUGCCAAUUCAUAUUGGACGAUUAUAUCGCCAGUGGGCAAGGCGCCUGGGCCAACAUUUGCGUGACUCAACCCCGACGUAUAUCCGCCGUAAGCGUUGCUGAGAGGGUUGCGGCCGAGCGGUGUGAGGAACUUGGCAAUAGCGUUGGAUACUCUGUACGUUUCGAGUCGAUCCUUCCGCGGCCGUACGGCUCUAUAAUGUUCUGCACCGUGGGCGUGCUGUUGAGGAAACUCGAAAACGGUCUGCGAGGCGUCAGCCAUGUUCUAGUUGAUGAGGUCCACGAGCGCGAUGCCGACACGGAUUUCGGUCUAAUUCUACUCCGUGACAUGGCCCACACCUACCCCGACCUUCGAAUUAUCCUCAUGUCAGCCACCGUCGACACUACGCUCUUCAAAAGCUAUUUCGGAGACUGCCCCGUUAUUGAGGUUCCUGGUCGUACAUAUCCCGUGAAGCAGUACUUCUUAGAAGAUUGCAUAGAACUCACGCAAUUCGUCCCGCCGCCUGACACUAGAAAGCGAAAGGCUUCCGGAAAGAAAGCAAAUAAGGACGACGAAGACGACGAUGAUGAAGGUCUGGGGGAGGAACAAGAUGAAGAUUUAAACAAGAACUGUCAAUUGGAUAGCAACUAUUCACCGCAAACCUCUCAAUCACUAGCUAAACUCUCCGAAAAAGACCUAAGUUUCGAACUGAUAGAAGCUCUACUCCUCUACAUAACCAACAUCGGAGCUGAAGGCGCAGUUCUAGUGUUCCUUCCUGGAUGGAAUUUGAUCUUCGCUCUGAUGAAGCACCUGAUGCAGAACAGGAUCUUCGGAGACACGUCCAAGUUCGUGAUCCUACCGCUGCACAGCCAGAUACCGCGAGAUGAUCAGAAGAAAGUGUUUAUCACUCCACCCCCUGGGAUGACCAAGGUGAUACUAUCAACGAACAUAGCAGAGACGUCAAUAACGAUCAACGAUGUGGUAUACGUGAUAGAUUCAUGCAAAGCUAAGAUGAAGCUGUUCACGUCGCACAACAAUAUGACGUCAUACGCCACCGUGUGGGCCAGUCGGACUAACCUUGAACAGCGUAAAGGCAGAGCUGGUAGAGUUCGACCUGGCGUGUGCUUCACUCUAUGCACCAAGGCGAGGUACGACCGCCUCGAGGAGCACCAAACUGCGGAGAUGUUCAGGACGCCGCUACACGAACUGGCUCUCAGCAUAAAACUGCUCCGCCUGGGCGCAAUCGGCCACUUCUUGUCCAAGGCACCAGAACCGCCGCCGCUAGACGCUGUCAUCGAGGCAGAAGCCAUGCUUCGCGAAUUGGGCUGUCUAGACUCGCAAGAUGCGCUCACCCCAUUGGGAACUAUCCUUGCUAAAUUGCCUAUUGAGCCUCGUCUGGGCAAAAUGAUGGUACUCGGUUUCGUGCUCGGCGUGGGCGAUGCUUUGACCACAAUGGCGGCCAAUUCCACCACCUUCCCGGAGAUCUUCACUGUGGAGGGGCGCAGGAGACUGAGCGGACACCAGCGCGCGCUGGCCGGAGACAGGGCUUCGGACCACGUCGCUAUGCUUAACGCCUUCCAGAUGUGGGAGCGAGAGCGCGCUAAAGGCGAAGACGCAGAGGUGCAGUGGUGCGAGUGGAAGGGUGUCCAGCAGACCACGCUACGCGUCACGUGCGAAGCCAAGUACCAACUCAUAAACAUACUAACAACCACCAUCGGUUUCUCGGAAGAGUGUUGUGUGCCUCAGAGAUGGAACCCCAACGUAGAAGACCCAGUCCUAGACCUGGUUAUAUCUCUCCUUUGUAUGGGACUGUACCCUAACGUCUGUCUACAUCAAGGGAAGAGGAAGGUGCUAACAACAGAAGGCAAGCCAGCGCUAAUCCACAAGACUUCAGUAAACUGCAGCAAUAUGGAGCAAAAGUUCGCCUCGCCAUUCUUCGUGUUCGGAGAGAAAGUGCGUACGCGAGCGAUCAGUUGCAAACAGACCACUAUGGUGGCACCACUGCAUAUACUGUUGUUUGGAAGCAGAAAAGUUGAAUGGGUCGACAAUAUGGUGCGUCUAGACAACUGGCUAAAUUUCGACAUGUCAGCGCGCUCGGCCGCUCUAGUGACGGCCCUGAGACCUGCCAUAGAGAAGCUGGUGGAAAGGGCUGCUGCCGAACCUGAUGCUGCUUUGCAGUUCUCUCCUGAAGAACAGAAGGUAGUGGACUGCGUAAAAGCAUUAUGCGUAAUGGACGCUGGCGACUAUAAUAUAAAACGUGAUGCCCCAUCUAUGUCAUUCCGACCCGAAGGCAGGCGGGGUGGCGGUGGACCACCUCAACGCGGUUGGGGUACCAAUGGACCUCGCGGUGGUUUCGGUAGAGGAGGUUUCGGUAGCGGGGGUUUCGGCGGUAACCAAGGCGGUUUCGGGAGUAACCAAGGCGGCUUCGCGGGUAACCAAGGCGGUUUUGGAGGUAACCGAGGCGGUUUUGGGGGUAACCAAGGCAGUUUCGGUAACAAUAAUGGUUUUGGAGGCGGCGGUGGUGGCGGUGGUUUCGGUAACCGAGGCCGAGGUCGCGGCUUCGGCAACCGGGGCCGAGGUUUCGGCAACCGCGGCAGCUGGUAUUAGUAAAUUAUUGUAUUGUAUUCAUUCCAGUUUUUAAUUUAUUUAAAGAUAAUAAAUAAUAAUGAAUAAGGUAUUGUGUCAUUAAUGUAUUAACAUUAGUGAGAAAUAAAUUUGUUUCCUGUGU